GCCGGCGGGACGGGACUGGCCGCCGCGGCUCUGAGCGCCUCCUCCCGGCGGCCGCGGCGAGCCUCCCCGGCGCGGCCCCGCCGCCCGCGAUGACCGGAGAGAAGCUGCGCUCGCUGCGCAGGGACCACAAGCCCAGCAAGGAGGACGGGGACCUGCUGGGGCCCGGCGAGGAGGAGGCGGCCGCCGCGCCCGGGGGCCUCUUCACCGGCGGGCGCGGGAGCGGCGGCAAGGGCGGCCGCGCCGGGGGCCACCGCAUCUUCAGCAACCACCACCACCGGGCGCAGCUCAAGGGGGGGCCGGCGGGCGGCGGGACGGGCCCGGCCGCCGAGCCCGACAAGUGCCCGGCGCACUUCCCCGUGCACGAGUGCGUCUUCAAGGGGGACGUGAGGCGGCUCUCAGCCCUCAUCCGCACGCAGGGCAUCGGCCAGAAGGACAGUCACGGAAACACUCCUUUACAUCUUGCUGUGAUGUUGGGUCAUAAAGAAUGUGCCCACUUGCUUUUAGCCCAUAAUGCUCCAGUAAAGGUGAAAAAUGCUCAGGGAUGGAGCCCUCUUGCAGAAGCCAUCAGCUAUGGAGACAGACAAAUGAUUACAGCACUCCUAAGGAAGCUUAAGCAGCAGUCCAGGGAAAGUGUUGAAGAAAAGCGACCUCGAUUAUUAAAAGCCCUGAAAGAGCUAGGUGACUUCUAUCUAGAGCUUCACUGGGAUUUUCAAAGUUGGGUGCCUUUACUUUCCCGAAUUCUGCCUUCUGAUGCAUGUAAAAUACACAAGCAAGGUAUAAAUAUCAGGCUGGACACAACUCUCAUAGAUUUUACUGACAUGAAGUGCCAACGAGGGGAUUUAAGCUUCAUUUUUAAUGGUGAUGCAGCACCCUCUGAAUCUUUUGUAGUUUUAGACAAUGAACAAAAAGUUUAUCAGCGAAUACAUCAUGAGGAAUCAGAGAUGGAAACAGAAGAGGAGGUAGACAUUUUGAUGAGCAGUGAUAUUUACUCAGCAACAUUAUCAACCAAAUCAAUUACCUUCACACGUGCCCAAACGGGAUGGCUUUUUCGAGAAGACAAAACAGAAAGAGUAGGAAGCUUUUUGGCAGAUUUCUACCUGGUUAAUGGACUCGUAUUAGAAUCAAGGAAAAGAAGAGAACAUCUCAGUGAGGAGGAUAUUCUUCGAAAUAAAGCUAUCAUGGAGAGUCUGAGUAAAGGUGGCAAUUUAAUGGAACAAAAUUUUGAGCCCGUGAGACGGCAGUCACUUACUCCACCAUCACCCAAUACAAUUACAUGGGAGGAGUAUAUUUCUGCUGAAAACGGAAAAGCUCCUCAUCUGGGUAGAGAACUGGUCUGCAAAGAAAGCAAGAAAACCUUUAAAGCCACAAUAGCUAUGAGCCAGGAGUUUCCCUUAGGAAUUGAAUCAUUAUUGAAUGUUUUAGAAGUAAUUGCACCCUUCAAGCACUUUAACAAACUUAGAGAAUUUGUUCAAAUGAAGCUUCCACCAGGCUUUCCUGUAAAAUUAGAUAUUCCUGUAUUUCCCACCAUCACGGCCACUGUGACUUUUCAGGAGUUUCGUUACGAUGAAUUUGAUGAAUCUAUCUUCGCUAUUCCUGAUGACUACAAGGAGGACCCCAGCCGUUUUCCUGAUCUCUAAUUAAACUGGAAGGUUGAUGGUGAAUAAAAAUACCAGCAUACCACAGUGAAAGCAAAUGGAUGCAAAUAGCCCACAGAUAUAGGUAUAGAAGUGGGGUCAUAAAGGAAGGGAUAAACUUAAAACAAUAACCCAGAAGAAAAGGGAAAAUGCAUCAAAUGGCUGAUGUACUGAUAUUUGCUAUAAUGGGCAUCUAAUCUAGUUCCUGAUGUACAGCAAGUCUCCCGAUGUGUCGUUCACACUUUUAUACAUCCAGCGUGGUAGUCUGACACCUCAGUGACCCUAAGAAUAUUUAACAGCUGUGAGGACUAUCAUUCGUUUUUAAAUUUUUUUACAUUUCUUGUUGAUACAGAAAGCACUCUUGGACCAUUAGCAUAAAAAUUGAAAUGUCUUAGCUGGAUAUUAAUCCUUUAAAACAUCCCACUAUAUUUAAGAUGACCAUAUUAUAUUCUUUCAUGCUUUGUUUUCAUGAAUCGUAAACUAUGUAUCAUUAUGUAUAGUUCAGUAACUUGAAUGUUAGUUGAACAUAUAUUGGAAGGAAUGCAUCUUCUGUAGGUGAAUGAACCAAAUGGUAACCAUUAAACAGUUGCAUUUUCAUAUUGCAAUAUACAUCAGAAAUAGCAUUCACUCUGCAGGGAAUAAGAUACCACCUUAACACCUUAGUGCAAUCCAUUGUGGUGCUAUCCAUGUCUCUCUGAACUGUUAAUUUCUUCACAGAGCUCUGUUAAUCUUCCUUUCAUUGACUCUGCAAGCAACCUUUUUUUUUUUUUUUUUUUUUUUUUAAUACUAGCUUAAAAAGUCCUUGCUGUAUCCAUAAUGUUGUGUUGAUUAGCAUGCUUGUAGGCUCAUUAGCUAGAAAUGGUCACUUCUUUUUUUUCUUCCUUCUUUCAGUCACUUAGGAGACUUGCUCCAUAAUGGUUAAAGAUCAACUAGAUUAUCUUGUUUUUAUGUCCGGCAGCCACUGGAAUACAUGGGAUGCAUAUGAAGAGUUACUAGAACAGUAAGCUCAAGCAUCAAGUCUUCUUACAAAAAAGUUUCUCUUGAAGUUAGUUUAAUUGUAGUGCACAUUGAAUAGAGCUCACACUGGAAGAUUUUAUUUCAACAAAUGCUUAUUACAUUUCCAAAGUAAUUUUCUUCAAUAUUUUUUGAUAGAUAGGAAGUUACAGUACUCUAGUUUCUUGAGCUUAUUCUCAUUCCAAGUGGUUCCAGUCUCCUGAUUUGACAAUAAUCCAGCUUUCCAGUUUGUUAGAAAGAAUUUGUGCAAAAGGCUAAUGGUGCUAUUUGUUUGUAUUAAGAAAUUUAGAUUAAAGUGCUGUGGUGUAACUGUAUAAAAUUGUAAAUAUUUUCAAAGUUAUAUUCUUUGUGCACUGUAGUUAAAACUUUUUUCUGGAAAUCAAUAGUUACUUUUGAAACUUUAUUAUAAAGAGUACCAUCAAUGCUUAGUAAAGGUAAUCACCCUGACUGACCAUGCAGAUGAUAAAUGGAGAUAGCAUAUCACAAGGCAAUAAAAGCUGAUUUGUCAGGCACAUCAAUCAAAUGUGGGUAUAUUUCAAGUAGACCUUCUUUCAAAAUUCUGGAAUCCUGUCUAUAUAAAAUCCAAAGAGACUGCUCUAGGGAAGUACAGUGUACAGUACAGUACUGUAGAAGGAGUCCUAUUGAAUCAAUAUCAGCAGAAGAUGGAUAAACUAAAAAUAAAAGGUUGAGGUUGAUCUUAUUCCAGCAUUACUUUAAACCUGCAAGUUUGACAGGUGAGUAGUGUUUACUUUGCAGACAGUGACUGAUGCACUGUAGUUAUUUAAUUCUAAAUCAAAUUGAAAAUAAAACAAUAGAGGAAAGAAUGGGAAAUAUAAAUUUCUUUUAAUUACUUUUGAAGUAAUGUAUGAGUAGCAGAUGUUGAACAUUUGGUAGGAAUGAUAGGACUUGUUUUUCCAAGUAAUUAUGAAUUCCUAAAGUGUUUUACAUCUAUGGUAUAAAUUGACACCCACCUCAUAAUCCCCCUUAGCACCAACUGAGAUUUUUUGCAUUAAGAGAUGAGGAUUGAAUGUAUGUAGAGACGACCUCUCCUGUCAGUGCUAGAGGUCAGGGUUAAAUGUCAGCAGGGCCAAGUGUGGAAUUCUGUUGCCCUCUAUUUUACAGAUAUCUAAUACAGAACAGAAUGUUUUGCUUAGUGCCGCUGGCUCAGGUUUUGUGAUAGGCACUAAACUAAAAUACCAUAUCCCCUAACGAGUACAGGUACCAUAUGAGGGUACAGAGUUGUUUGGAAAUUUCAGCAAACACAAUAGGAUGUUUCUCCGUUAGGUGGAUGUUCUAAGUCUUUUCUUCAGUAUUACAAAGAAAGAACUGUUUCAUACUAUUUUGCGUUUUUGGUUAUUCCAAAAUACCAUCACAGCACUUGCUGACAUAGGAAGGAGCAUACAUAGUACAGCUAUGUAUUGUAGGCAAUAUAGCAACUGCAAUGGACUGGAUUCUAGAUUUAAAAAAACAAAACAAAAAAAAAAAAACACACAAGAAAGCAUUUAAUUUAGGGAUCUAUAUUAUCUCCAUUUGUCCAUAGGAGAGAUAUCUGAUGGCAAAUGAAGUGUCUGACUCAAAGCCCACUGCAGUUUGUGGAAGUGUUUUCAAUGACUUUCAUGGACUCUGAUUGAAGACUUUGUGGAUUUUUUCUUUUUUUAAAAACCUUCCAUGAAUACACAACUACUAACUUUGAUACAUUUUAAGAUUUGCAGAAACUUUUUAUAGUGGGUUGCUAUAUUAAGGCUUGUUCUAGUUUGGCGUGUCAGCACAAGUGAACACAGAUUCGGUUCACUGUAGUUUUUUUAUGUUAUUAUGGUGAACAUACCCUACUACUUCUUAAUAUCAAGUUGAAAGAUCUGAUUCCAAUCAGAUUGUAUUUUUCAGUUCAGUGACUGUUUUUAUAGAUUCCUGCGACAGCCUCAUUGAGUAAGAAUUGGUGAACUGUUCUUGGUAUGUUUCCUUCCAUCUUGCUACUUUUGGUGAUGUGUAUUCUGUCUGAGACAUUCCUAGUGAAGAGUUUUAAUACACUGUUAAAACACGCGGACACUUUGGGCUUAGUUUCCUGGACGAUACACUGAAAGCUGUAGGGAUCUCGGCCAGCAGGAGGGAUGUCUUGCUUUGGGCUGAGCCUGCGUGAGGGAGAGGGACUUGCGUAUUGGUGCAACCAUAGCAGUCCACAGGUGUGAAGAGAGGUGAUCCCUGACAGUGUAGCUGUGCUGGUGCAACUCCUUAGUGGUAACUGUGUCCACACUGAUAUAAAUGUUUUAUCCAGUAUAAUUUGUUCUGCUUGCUAAGAUUUAUUUUAUUUUAUGUUAUUUUAUUGUGCUGAUACAAAGUGCAUAUUUGUCAGUAUGGAUGGAUCCACAAAGAAGCUUUGCCUGCGCUCUAAAUGGGUAAAGUGUUUCUAGUGUAGACAUAGCCUUAGUCCACAGCUGUGCUGUGGGCUCUGGUGUCCUUUACCACUUCUGAUCUCCUGUUAAGGUAUCUUUUGAAAAUUUAUCUUUUCUAGCAGGAUUGACCUAGCAGAGCUUGAUUUUUGUUUUUCCCCUUAUUUUGUGUUAGCAUUUAAGAAAGAUUUGGUCCCUUUUGAGUGAAUACAUAUCCACAGUGCUUUUACAGAGGUUGUCUCAUUACUGCUGCAUCACAAGAAGUGUCAACUUUAGUGUUUGAAAUUUUACUUGUGCAGUUGUAGGGACAUUCAUUGUAACAAGAUACUCUGGAAUAUGAGAGUAUCUAGAUAGCUAAAAUUCUAUUGCUGGAGUUGUGUGUCACCAGUGAUUAGCACAAAUGGGAGAAAGAGAAAGAAAAAAAAAAGAUAUUUUGAAUCUCCCCUCUGAAAGCAAGAUACAGACUGACACCAUAGUGGUGUUUGAGGUAAAGCUGACAAAGGUGCAAGAAUGACUCUCAGAGGGGAGGAAAUCUCCGUGUACCAGUGCUGCGGAAGAGACAACCUCAAUAUAUAGUUUGGGGAUUUUUCUUUGUAAUCUCACUUUUUUUUUUUUUUUUUUUGAUGGCUGUGAAUUUUUUUUAUGAGUAAGUAUUAAAGAACAGCCAUUAAUUUUGGUAAACUGGAUAAGAAAUCAUUGCAAAUGAAUUCCUAGGAUUGUUUCUUAACCAAACUGUUUUACUGGUCUUCCAAAAUAUUGCUUUAAUUUGUGGCAAAGGGAAUGCAUUUUCUUUUUCCUUUUAAGGAGCUGCUGUUCCAGUCACUGUACUCACUUUACUGCAAUUAUUGAUUUAUAUAUUGAAAUGAUUUGUUACAAAGAAUUCUGGAUAUAUUUGUGCUGGAAACCCACCAUGUUAAGUUGACAUUCAAAGCAAUUGUCAUUUUUUUAAAUGUAUUUGUUCUUGAUUUUUAAUUCAUGCAAGGAUAAUUGUUAUUUAAUCUGUAUUAACAAAUUUCCUGUAAUGCUGCAGUUUCACAUUUAUUUUCCUUACAAUUUGUAAUUAUCAUGAAACAAUGUCACUUUUUUGCAUUUUACUGUUUGUGUGGUCCAUGGUUUUUUAACUUACCUUCCCUAAUAGUAUUUUUUUAGGCUAUGUCAUUUGUUAGAGUAAAGACCAAAAUACACUGUUUGAAACUGAUCAACAUCUGAAAAUUCAGUUUAACUCUCCCCAGUCCCUUUCAGAAUAUGCACACUGUAGCCAUGUGUGUUUGAGCAACUAUUUUGAUUUGAGGAGACAAGUUCACACUAUUAUAUUCUGCAAGGGCAUUUUAUUGGUCAUAUUUUGAAUAAAAUUUCGAGUUCUCAAUAUAGCACUGCUCUUUACCAUCUGGUAAGUUCCGUGGAAUUUUUUUGUCUCAUCUAGUAGAGAACGGAAUAGCCAUGUUGGAAAAAAAUGAACAGUAACUUCCAGUAUUUCCCUGGAGUUAAAGGAGCUAAAAUGAAGAAAGUUUGGAGAUAACUAAUUGGGAGGAGUGGAAGGAGAUCUUAAGUUUUCCUCAAUGUGUUAUACAUAAUCUUUAUGUGAGUUUUUACCUCUUAAAUUGAUUUCCACUGUAGAAAUGCAUUUAUUUAAAUAACAAGAUGUGAAA